UUGACAUGUUUGUUAGUAUUGACUUCGACAUAAAAUUGCUUUAGAUUAUAUGUUUGUUUCUCGCUGCGAUACGAUACGUGUGAUAUCAGCUUGCAAGCACAGCAGAAGUAGAAGGAAAUAGAGGAUUCACAAAAGUGUGUGAAAAUUUGAAAGUCGGUAAAGAAAACCAUUAAAAAAUUUCGUGAUAUUCGUGAAUACGAGGAAACUGCUUGCAUCAUCUGUUUGAAGUUGAAUGUUUCAUUGUUCGUGAUGCUUUGCUAAAGUAACGGGUUGUUUCCAGUAUAUGCGGUUGUGAUUACAGACCGUAAAUGGGACUGCCCGAUACUCUUUAUGCUACCUUGAUUACGAUAUGGACAGACAGGAUUUGAAAAGUAAUAACACACGGAGCUAUCGAACAAAGAAACGAAAAAAAGCGAUACGCAAAUUUGUGGUGCACAUUUGCCGCAUCCUUAUUCUAAGCAAAUUCUCUAGUUUUGAUGUCUUGAAGAAAUAAGUGUAUCUUUGGGGUAUCGCAAAUAUCCAGAGACAAGGGAACAGCUCAUGCGAGACGAAGCCAGUAACCCAGAGGCUUUCAAAUUGGAUUACUCGAAGAUUUACAGUUCACCGAAAGCAACCGCGUACGAAAGAAACUGAAAAGUGGUUGAAGAGUACGAAGCACGACAGGAAGUAAAAACGCAACAUACCUACUAUCAUAACAAUAAAACACGAGCAAAACCGCAACUCAACCAGUAGCAGUGCGCAACCAAUUACUAGAGACGAGCUAAACAUGAAGGCAAUUGAAGCCAAAAUUGUCGUUUUGGGAUCUCAAGGUGUGGGAAAAACUAGCCUUGUAGUCAGAUAUGUAUCGAAUCUGUACACGAAGGAAGUUUCGCCAACAAUCGGUGCAUCGUUCUUCACCUGUAAGGUUAAUUUGGAAGAUUUCAAGGUGAAAAUGCAGGUUUGGGACACUGCCGGCCAGGAGCGGUUCAAAGCGAUGGCUCCCCUUUACUAUCGGAAUGCGAACGCUGCCUUGCUGGUUUUCGAUCUAACGCAAUACAACUCGUUUGUAGAAAUCAAAUCGUGGGUUCAGGAAUUACAGCGCAAUGUCCAGGAACCGAUGGUUCUUUCUUUGGUAGGUAACAAACUUGACCUCGAAGAGAAACGGGCUGUAUCGCGGGAGGAAGCGUGUCUGUAUGCAACCUCGAUUGGAGGAAACUACUUUGAAACUUCAGCACUGCAAGAUCAGGGAAUAGAGCAAGUAUUCAUAUCCAUUGCGGUAGGAUUAAUCAAAAUGUCCGGUGAGCAGAUCUGUCCGUCGUUGAAACGAUACGAGUCAUCUGAUUCACUUGUUUUGUCGGGAUACACGAGUGGCAUGAAUGGAGUAGUGCAGAUGGGCAUACCUGUUGAUUGCGAUAAUGUUCUUACAGACGGAACAGGUCGACUGGAGACGCCUUCCUGGAGCAGGGAUCACAUAGCUCAUGCAGAUGGUCAGCGUCCUGGCUGGUGUUGCUAUUAGACGCGUAGCGGUAAGCGGAAAAAACUAUCGGCUUCUCUUGUGAUACUUCCCAAACCCACACGUGAAUUAGUUGAACAUCGAAAACAAUUCGAUUAAGACCUUUGUUAGUUUGUAUAUACACGUAUCGUAAUAGGAAGCGACUUAUAGCUAUUAUAUCAGAGUUAACCCAAAGUAUUGCCGGACGCUUCGAGUUUUGUCACACAUUUGAUAGGUAUUAGCAGUAGGGCUUCGCAUGCUACAUUUCGUCGCAUUCUGAAACGCUUCAUGACAAAACCGAUCUCUAAGAAAUGACACGUUUUUCAGCUGCCAAGCCCAGUUCACAGUAUAUUGUUUCCCGAGUUUACAUCAGCACUUUAUCAUAUACAUACAACCAUUUAAUUUAUAUUGAUAUUCAUAAAAGAGAGUCAAUUUUUCCUAGAUAAGAUAACAAGCAAGUUGUGGUUGAACUUCUGAGAAGCUUGAACAUUGAUGAUAUUUUGAUAAUUUUUA